CAUGACUGUCGCCCUAAACUGAACUCUCAAGGAACUUUUUGGCCAUCAAGGUGAAAAACGACCCUCAACCUCUUGUGAAGCCGUUAUUACGCCAGCCUCCGAGUUCAUCCCAUCACGCCCCACCCUCCCCGUUACCCGAGCCCGGCCAAGUGACGCUUCGGUUGCGAUAGAUUGAUCCAUCCCUCAUCAAUCCAGGAGCCAGGCAAGAUGUCCUCCGACCAAUCCGAGAUGCCUCCACCCGAGGUGCCCAUGUCCAAAGAAGACAAGGCCAGUAUCGAGCGUCAGCAAGAGGAGAAACUACGACAGAAGUACCCGGCCGUCAAUCGGCCCGGCCCACCCGGAGGCGUGGCCUCGGGUGCAGGUGGCGGCGGCCACUCUGCUUUCCUCCAGAAGCGUCUGGCCAAGGGUCAAAAGUACUUCGACUCCGGCGACUAUCAGAUGGCCAAACAAAAGAACCGCGGCGGUUUGGGCGGCGCAGGUCCGGCUGGCCGCUUGGUCAUGCCCGUGUUGGCCCAACCCUCCACGGGCGAUACCAUCCCUACUCCGGAAUUGGUGCCGGCCCGCAAGACCUCGAUCAUUCAACCCCUCCAUGACCACUCUCAGUCCAUGCACUUGGCCUCCGACCCGGCCCACACCAUGACGGCCGAAUCCGGCCGGCCCAUGCCCAAUCCGGCCGUGCCUAAACUCACUUCGUGAAUGGUUCACCUCUAGGUCAGCCCCGCCCCGCCCCUCCCCUCGGCCGCUGUCGCUCGUCUCCUUCCCUUGAUCGUUUCUCCUGAUGCUGGUUUAUCCACACCUUUAGACGUGGCUCAUCCUUCUUUUUUUUACGCCCCUCCUCGAAACCCACCCACUCCAAUCAUUCGAUCAGAAAAGACGCUCAUGUUGACAAAGACACCCGCCCAACCCCCUGAAGAUUACUAUUAACCCAAUAUGCUAAUCAUGUACGUCAUCCUCAUCUCCCAUCUGUGUCGCACUCACUGAAUGUAUCCUUCGCCGUGUCUCGAUUUUCCACGAGCCUUCCUUUCAUGAGUUUUUAGCAGGCGGAGACGAGUCCAGAAACAAGUUCUGACCGUGUCGGACAAUGAACCAUAAGACAUCAACAUCAUUAAUGUUGUUCUGUGUAAGAAACCCGACAAUAAAGCCACAUAUGUGUACGCAAA